AAGGAACCAGUCCAUGUUCUCUUCAGUUCUGGUGGCUGCACCAGUGUGUCUGUGUGUACUGUGGAGGGAGAUUCUGUAGACUGUGGACCUCAGUACCAACACAGGGCAUCUGUCCACAACUCAACUCUGAUGCUGGAAUACACAACACCAGCUGACAGUGGUGUGUACAGAGUGAUGGACAACAGGACAAAUGACACCAUCAACACUGUAUCUGUCAGUGUUACUGUUUCUCCUACAGUGCUGUUCCCGCUCCUUUCUCUGUUGCUGCUGCUGGGGGCAUUGGUGUUGUUAUGGAUGACGGUACAAGAGUUCAAGAAGAAGAAGAUUACGCUGAUACAUAAACUGUAUCUGCUCUUCCUGGUUGUGAUGCUGCUGCUGAAUCUGGUGCUGGUGGCUCUCUCAGUGACAGUGACAUUUAAACCUGGACAUAAGGAACUGUAUGUGACACUGGGUGCGGGGCUGGGGCUGGGGCUGUUCCUAGUCUUCAAGAUGGUUAUAAUGUCUAUGACUUGUGAAAAGUUAGUCAAGAUCAGGAAGGAGAAGACUCUGUGGGGUACACUGAAGCUGGUUUUGCUGGUGUUGCUGUUGGUGCUUUUAGUGACAACGAUAAUGUUGCCGCAGCGGAAGUGGCUAAAUUGGAUCCCAUUCCCAGUGCUGGGUCUGUUUAUGAUCUUGCACGUGAUGAUAAUAUAUAAGCCACUACAGUAUUUCCAGGAAGUGAUGAGGACAGUGCAGAAAAUUGAGAACAGCAAUUGGUACGAACAGCUGCAAGAACUACAUGCGGGACUGGUAGUGCCAUUGAUCCUGCUGCUGUUGCUGUGGGUCGUGGAGUUGGUGCUUUCAGUUGUGUUGGCGGUUAAGGAGUUGUGGGAAGGAAUUCAUUUAGGGUUACUGUGGGGCCUCACUGUGGGGGAUGGGAUCUUGAUAAUGUUGUUGUUCUUGUUGUGCCUCCAUGCUGGUUCCUGAGGGUUACCUCACAAUGUCAAUGUAUUGCAUAUAGUGACAGGUAUCUUAAUACUCAUCUCAAUAUGAGAAGCAGGGCAACUCUCAUGAAAACAAAACAGACACAGAAAGCAGUGUUUCUCUCAGCCAACCAUCAACUGAGCAAUAGAUUAUCCUGAAUAUAUACACCAGCAAACCAGAACAGUUACUGUCUGAAGGAUCAACGGUCAAAUACCAAAGUGUAACACUGUAUGGUACUAUGAAAUCUUGCACCUUUUUAUAUUAAGUUUGAUCAGACCUUUUUGUCUGUUCACAAAAAUGAAUCUGAGAGGAAAAACAGAAUUUAUUUUUUUGGUGUGGAAGAUAAAUAAUUGUGCACAUUGGUAUGAAAAGAGCUGUCCUUUCAGUUUGUAGCAAGAAUUGCAACUAGAUGGUCCCUGUAGCUGUUGGCCAGAGUCUGCAGUCACGUUUUCACGCUGUGACUGUCUACUGAUACAGCUGUGUGUUUUUGUAGGAGGCCCUUGCAGAGAACUGUCAGUCUUGAAUUUGAACAGUUUUCACCAACCAUUACAUU